UCUGUAUAAACCUAUAAUUUCUGCGAUUCCAGACUCCUCUAAUGCUUGUUUAAACUUGUGCUGUUUUAUAUUGAUUCGCCCCCUCUCCUCGCCUCUGCUCCAAUCUGCGCUGCUUGCACUCUUCGUGUCAUCAGUGGAGUGUCCAUGGAAAUGGAAAUUAUAUUCAGAUUCAGGCUUUCAGCACAAAGUGGAACUGCGACGGCACCUUGGGCGAACAGAACAGAACAGCACAGAGAGGCAGCAGAGUGCAAAUUGUUCCGAGUAUUGAUUUAAGGGAGACAGCAAUGGCAUUCCAUUCCCAGCCAAGUAUUUAUACAAUAUGCAUGGCCAGGUGUCAAAACCAGACGGAUGUCCCACAGCCCAAGUCCAAGGAGUAGGAGGAGGCUUCGAUUGGAUUGUGAAUUGUGCUCGGGUUGUGCAUUUUAUGGAGGUUGCUGGCUGCCUGUUGUCUGCCGCCUGUCAUAUGGUUAAGGGACCUUAUAAAGGCGGUCACAGGUCAGGCAGCAGGCAGCACAGAACACGUGUGUGGAUUAGGGGAAAUGCCUGAAAUUAAAAAGCAAUCAAGGAAAUACCCAAAUGACACUGCCCCAUGAUCGAAACCCAGCCUUCUGCCACCUACCGCCUACCUGUAUUGUGUGUGUGUGUGUGUGUGAAGUGGGUUGGGUGGGUCACAGGUCAAGCGACCUGCAGGCAGGAUAAUCCGCCCUGCCCUACCUGCUGCUGCAUAUAUAAACCUCAGCGCAAGGAGCAUCCAUCAUCAGUUGCACAGCAAACAGCAAAGCUACAACACAUCGAACGAACUACACUCGAAAGCAGAAGCCAUGGCCACCUACAUUUCCACGCAAUUCCUGAGCCUCAACGAGAAGUCGUCGACUUCCACGACGACCUUUACGCUGGAUGCAGCGCGCUUUGGCCAGCGUGAUCUAAAUCUGUUCAUCGAGAGCCUGGAGACCAUUUCCCGACUGGAGAAGGAGCGGCAUGAGCGUCGCCAGCGCAGGCGCCAACAGAAGCUGCAGCAGGCACGCAUCGCCGAGCUGGAGGAUGAGCGGUGUGUGAGUCCCACGCCCAGUGCGGAGGAGGCCAUCGAUGAGCCGCUGAUGUACAUGGAGGCCAAGUGCAUACCCUAUGCGGUGUCCGAGGCAGUGGCCACGGUGCCAAAGGGCAGCCACACGCCCCCCGACUACUACUCCUGCGACGAUGAGGCGUACGGCAGUGCUGCCCAUUCGCCAAGGAGCAGUGUGACCUAUUGCUCAUGCGGCGGACUCUCCAGCAUCAAUUCGGGAUCCUCGGAGUCUGGCAUCUAUGGCGCCGUCUCCCAAUCGCCGCCUCCGCUGCGUCCACGCUCCCAGGUGAUCACACAGCCCAAGCAUCGAUCCACACGCUCCCGCAUCAUCAGCAUGGUCCUCAAGCGGGAGUACAUGAAGGCGCCCUCCGCUGAGGAUCUCGAGCAGAAGGAGCGCUGCGAUCGGCUGCUGAAUGAAACCAUCAAGCACCAGUACUCCCAGCUGUCCAGCAAAUCGCGACGUGGCAUUGCCUGCAGCGAGGGUUCCGCCGAGGAGCGUUUCCUGGACAAGGCACUGCGCUACCUCACCUUGUGAUUGUGUGAUUUCGGUAUCAGAAAUUCACUUUACUCCU